AUGUCGGAUCUUAAAGAAUUGUUUAUUAAGCGUAGCUCGAUUAAAGGUCGUAUAACUAAAUUCAAAAAUUAUUUAGAAGCCCUAGAAUCUACAGAUAAUAUAUCUUCAUUAGAAAUUAAUUCAUUAAACUUACGACUAACGAAAUUUACUGAAUUGUUUAAUGAGUUUGACGAUUUGCAAGGUCGGAUAGAAAUUUUGAAUGAAUCUAAUUUAAAAACUGAAUUAUGCGAAAGAGAUUUGAUAGAAAAGGAUUUUUACUAUUGUAUUUCAAAGAGCAAAGAAUUUUUAGACACCGAUUCAGCUCCCUCGUUAUUUAAGAAUGCAAACUCAAUACAUUCGAACCAUCAUAAUGACGAUGAAGCUGCAUUAGGUUUUCGAUUGCCAGUCAUUAAGAUACCUAAUUUUGAUGAUGUUUUAGAGUCUAUUCAAAGUAACAAACACGAAACUCAUAAACCCGUUAGGCGUUCAGCUGAUAGUUUAACCCGUCCGAAAACUCAGACCCGUUCUUUUGUGGUUUCAGCUCCUGAGUCUGCCCCUUCUAAGAACUUCGAGUGCCUUGUUUGCCACGAAAAACAUCGCAUAUACGAUUGUCCUACUUUUAAGGCCAAAACACCCGAGGAGAGAAUUUCUCAGGCCAAUAGUCUAAAAUUAUGCCAUAAUUGCCUGAGACGAGGUCAUGAUUAUCGCCAGUGUAGACUAUAUGGCACAUGUAAAUUCUGUAAGAAACGCCAUAAUUCUUUGCUACAUUAUUCUGUUGAGCCGAACAAUGGUAAUAAAAAUAUUUCUGUAUCGUUGUCAGCCGCUUCUAAUAUCGAAACUAUAUUAAGUACGGCAUUAAUACAUGUCACAAAUCCACAAACAAAUCAUACUUUGACUGUCCGCGCUUUACUUGAGAGUGGUAGUCAGACUUCUUUUAUAACAGAGUCGCUUAAAAGAAGACUCAACCUUACUCCAUGUUCGUCCAGCGUUCACAAUAUAAUAGGUAUAGACAACAUGCUGCAGCAUGUUAAUACUGAGCGUUGUGCAAUACACAUAAGUUCUAGAAAUAGCAAUUUUAGUACUAAAUUAACUUGUUUAGUGUUACCUCAAAUUACAGGAAAAUUGCCUAAAUGUUUUAUUAAUGUAAGUCACCUUGAUUUAUCUCUAUUUGAUCUCGCUGACCCUACUUUUAAUAUUCCAUCCGACAUUGAUGUUCUCAUUGGUGCAGAUUUAUUUUGGGACAUUUUAUGUUCUGAGCAGCAGUCUUUAGGUGCAAAUAACCCCAUACUGCGCAGCUCCAAACUAGGGUGGAUAUUAGCUGGUCCUAUGCGCUUCAAUACUUUAGAUAAAGGUGCUAUUCAUUGUAAUUUUUCUCACACUGUUGAAAUACAUAAUGACUUAAAAUUAUUUUGGGAACUUGAAGGCCUCCCUCAAAAAAAGGUUAAUUCAGACAGCGAAAGGUUUUGUGAACAACAUUUUCUAAAUAAUACUCGUCGACUUAAUGAUGGUCGCUUUUGCGUUAAGCUUCCACUCUUCGAUGAGCCUACUUGCUUAGGUGAUUCAUACCAAAGCGCUAAGAAAAGCGGCAGCGGCGGCCGCGAGAAGCAGCAUCAGCGCCAGUUUCAUCAUUUUGGGCACAGCACUGUUCAACGGCACAUGCUAGCAAGCCACGACACACAGCACGACACACGCGUCUGCCUCCCCCGCAAGCCCAACUCGUAUAGAGUAUCGGCGCGUACGCACAGCUCAGUUCGCUCACAGAUUAUCGCACAGACGCACCAAAUACUAAGA